CCGGAAGAGGCAGGGCGGGCGUCCGACGCGGUGUGGCGGUUUGUUGUCCUUGCUUUGCGUAGCAGCCCGCGGAGUUUGAGUGUGAGAAGGUCCGGGUCGCGGCGGGCUCCGAGCUUCACAGAAGUCAAUGCCAGGAGGUAUGGCGCCCCUCAAGAAGCCCCGGAACCCCACAAAAUUGCCCCUGGCUUUAAACCCCAUGAAGAGCAAGGACGUUUUGGCAGUGCUGGCAGAGAGGAACCAGGCCAUAAUACCAGUUGGGGCUUGGGUGGAACCUGCUAAACCAAAUUGCUCGGAAAUUCCAGCACAUACCUCAGCAUACAUAAUUGAAGAGGAAAUAAAAGAACAGCAACGAAGAAAGCAAGAAUCUCUGAAACAUUUUCAGAGACAAGUCAGACAGCGGGUAAAUCAGCAGGUUAAGCUGAAGAAAAGGCAACAACUUCAGAAAUCUUACAAGGCAGGAGGCUUUAUAGCCAUGCACUGUUUAGAUUCGGGACAUUUAACUCCUAAAAGGACAAGUGUUUUCCCUAACAAUUGGAAUGCCGCUCUUGGAAAUUGUGAGUUUCCCACUUCUGAGGUGAUUGGGGAUGCAACAGAAGAUGGAGAGAAUCAGAAUCAGUUGUUUCAACAACAAGCUGAAGCUCUUAGUCAAACUAUGAAACAGGCACGUCACCAGCUGGCAUCCUUUAAAACUGUGAGUGAAAAAAAGACGCCAGUGUUUCUCAAUGGUAGAAAGACAGGCUCUCCCACCCAAGAGGACUUUGGCUAUGGGGAAAUUUCAUCUGUUGUGACAGGUGAGGAGAGAGAUGAUUUGUUUGUGGGUUACCAGCAGGAUCUCCUUUCUGCAGACAAAGAAAAGGCUCUCAGCAAAGUUCAGAAAGUAAAAUUCAAAAAUCCAUUAUUUGUUGUGAUAAAAGAAGAUGAACAAAAGCAAUUAAAUCUGCAUAGUCUUCAGGCUGUUCUUCCAGAAGCCCAGGAGCAUCUUGUAGAAGUUCCAGAAUCCCAAAGUGAUAUGAUAGAUGUCCAGAAUGUUGAGCCCAAAGCUUCGAGAAUUGAACCUAAAGCUCCAGGUGUUGAGCCAGAGUCCCAGGCCACUGGAAUGAAGUUUCAGACCACAGAGCCAGAAGGCCAGGCUGUUAAGACAGAGAUUCAGGACAUUCUUAAAGCCCAAACUCUUGAGAUAGAUGGGACUACUAAGUUGGAAGCCCAGGAUUUUCUACCAUCACACCAGGCUUUUCUAUCCAGAGACCAGAAUUUUCUGCCCAAUUGUCAAAACCAGGAUUCUUUUCGCAAAGAUCACUGUGUUCUCUCUAAAUACUGGAAUGUUCUACCUGAAUACCAGGACCAGCAUUUUCUACCAGUAGACCAGGAAUUUACACCUGGAAAACAGUUUGCUUUACUCAAAGAGGAGAGUCAUCCACUCCAAUGUCAGAGCCAGGAUCUCCCACCUAAAGAUCCGAGUUUCCUGCCCAGACAUCAAUAUAUUUUACCGCAUGUUCUUCCUAAGUGUCAGGAUCAUGACGUUCUUUCCAAAGACCAGAAUAAUCUUCACAGAUAUCAGGAGCAGGAUCUUCUACUCCAAAAUCAGGACAUGUUUCUCAAACAACCCUCAACUUUUAUGAGAGGAGAGAGAGAGGAUAAGGAGUUGCCUCUUGAGUGUCAUCAGUAUGCUCCACCUCAGAUCCGGGACAAAGUCUUCCUUAGAGAACAGUACAGGAGCUGUGAGCAGGCAUCACAUGACCUAAUAGAUGAGAGAUGGAGAAAGGAGUUAUAUCCAGAGUGCUAUGGAUGUGGUUUACAUGAAAUCCAGGAUCCAGGCUCUGCCAGCAAGCAGAGCUUACAUUUUAGGCAGCAGCCAUCUGUUAGGACAGCUGAAAGUUGGCAAGAGGGUUUGCAUCUUCGUGGCCACAAACGUCUUCCACCCAGACAACGGAGAGAUACAUGCAUCAGGCAACAGCAGGUCUAUGAGGAGUAUCCAUCGGGACUGAGCACCGAACCUCAAACUCGACUGGCGUUUCAGUCUGGAGUGGAUCAAGAAGAAGACAAAAAAGAGCGUCAAAAGCAAUAUCUGAGACAGAGGAGGCUUUUCAUGGAUAUUGAGAGAGAACAAGUGAAAGAACAAAACAGACAAAGGGAACAGAAGAAGAGAAUGGAAAAACUUAAGAAAAGAAAAGAACAACAGCGCUAUGCUGAAGAGCAGAGGCUCCUAAGAAUGAACUGUCAUGAAGAACCUUAUUCAGAAAAGAAGAUAAGUGAUGUUUUAGCCCAGCUACAACUUGAAGAAAUAAAAGGAGCCAGAGAAAAACAACACAAGAGAGAAAAGGAAUAUGAAAGAUAUGUAGAAGCUUUACGAGCUCAGGUCCAGGAGAAAAUGAAGCUUUAUAACAUCACUUUACCUCCAUUAUGCUGUUGUGGUCCUGAUUUUUGGGAUGCUCAUCCUGAUACCUGUGCAAACAACUGCAUUUUCUAUAAAAACUAUAGAGCAUAUAAUCGGGCAUUGCAUUCAGUCAUCAAUUCUUCUGAUAUCUCCGAGGGGAACACAACUCUUCGAAAUGCCAUUCGUAAUUUUGCUUCUGCACAUAGACGGACUUCAAAAAAAAGUCACCAAUAAGAGUAUGAAUCAGUGCCACGACCGAGCUAAAGAAUGUCAGCAAAAUGCUAUGUCACAAAGAAAACCACAGACAUCCUGAAGUUAUUGGAAGCCAUCAUACUGUCAACAGAUCUAGCCUUACAGUACAUGCCCUGAACUAUAGCCCUUCCAAAAGGCAUUUUCCUCACGCCAAGCAAGAAACAUCAAGAGUUUGUUUUUGUUGCUUUGUUUACAAAUUAUAGAUAAUGUCUAGUUUUCAGCUUGGGGUUUACAGCCAAUAACCAUGCUAAUAUCACUUCACAAACUGAAAACAAAGUGCCAGAAAUAUGUUCAGUUGCCUGGUCAUACCAAAAGCAAAAUGCAAAAUAAGGAGAACACAAGAGCACCUUUCCAUUUUAAAAUGUUUGAAAACAUUUUCAAACUGUACAACUGUACAACUUUAAUACAGUUUCAGAAGCUCUAGACACACAUGUUCACUUGAGGUAAACCCAAGGCUUUGAGUAGCUGCAGUGUGAUUGUGGUCAGAUCCUAAAUUAAACCCAAUGAGGACAAUAGACACAGCUCAGAUAAGAUGUGUUGAUCAUGUUCCUCCUCUCUCUAUGGUAUUUGCAAGGAGACAGAUAAACAUUCUUUUUUAGCUGAGCAUAGUGGUGCAUGUCUAUAAUCCCAGUAUUAUGGAGGCUGAUGCAAGAGGAUCAGGAUUUUGAGGCCAGCUAGGUUACAUAAAACUCUCAAAAAAAUUUUAAGCCAAAUAAAAUAGUUUUUCCUUUUGCUGCUGUUGCUGUUUCUCAUCUUCUUUUUCCUCCUUUUUGUGAAAUUCAAUGGACCCUUUUCACCAUCAGACUUUCCUUUCAAUUAUUACUUAUGACAUCCUUCUUAUAUUUUUCCCUCUGUUUCAAUACCUUCCUGAUGCAUAGCUGCUUUUCUCUGUUACUUAAGCUGUCAGCAUCUCACUCAACUGUUGGGUUUGUUUACCCACAUCUACAAAUAGAGAGUCCCAGGAUUUGUGGCUUUGAUCUUGGGUCAGAAUUCUGAACAAAACAAGAAGAAUUCAGUUAAUAGUCUUUGGGCAGUAGUCGUGUCCUUUUCCUUCAGGCGUCCUGCAGGCUAGUCCACAGUCCUUCAUUUCCCAAAUGUAGUAUGUUUUGUCCAACUUUGCCACUUCAUUAGUUUUAAAUUUCCCUUCCCAGAAGCUGUCUCCAUUUCUCAGAGCACUUAGUAAAUCCUUCAAUAUUGAGAAAGCUCUCUGGCUUUUCUUCUUGUGGUCUUUGGCUGUCUAUAUAAAGAGGGCAUAAGCAGUCAUUAAGCCCUUUGGUUUCUUGGGGUUACCUUUAGCCAUCCUGACGUAUUGUUUUCUAGAAAGCACAGAGCACAAUAUGAGGCUUCCUGACCUCACACUAGUGCUUCCAUGACAACCAACUCUUAACAUGAUUGUUACUAAUUAAAAAUGUUAACAAUAAAAGAUAAGAAACCCAUAAUAGCAAUUGCUCUUGAGUCUUCCCACUCUAAAAAUCCCUUUCCAAUCCUAGGUAACCCUUAAUCUAUUCCUUCUAUAUGUAAAUUAGCCUAUAUGUGAAUUCUCUUCUAAAUGGAAUGUACAAUGUGAGCUCUUUUGUGACUGAACUUUUUUCAGUUAGCCUGAUGUCAGGCUUCUCUGUGUUGUCGUAUUCGUUAAUGGUUCAUUACUCUUCAUUGUUGAAUAGUAUUGAUAGUAAUAAUAAAACCAUAUUUAUUCAUUCA